CGUAUGUUCAGCGGAGAAUAUGAGCACUUGGAAUCGGUCCCAACGUGCCGUUGCAGUCAAUAUCAUUUCGCUUUGCUGCUUUGAAAUCGAGUAACGUUACGUAAGUAAUCAAUGGAUUAAUACAGGACAUUAUGUACAGUACAGCAGAGACGCUACUAUAACCCUCCCAAUGCGUCUGGGAAAAUCAAUCCGGACUGGUUGGUGUUAAUUGGAUGAUCUCGCACGUUGUCAUGCCAACUAACGUUGUAUCACAGCUCGAGGCGGGGAAGUGGACACUUUGUUGUCCAUGAGUGCUGGUCCACGUUUGUGAAGGACUUGUGAGAUCAUGCUCUGGCGGUAUAGACUAACUCAGGCCAGCGUGCCUGGCUCACAACGGAACUGAGCUCAGAGAUGGUCAUUUGUUUUACUUAGGGACAUCGCCAUUCCCUUGACACUCUUUUGGGACUCAUUUCACACUCGUUCGACGACCGAGUUUGAAGCGUCAACGUAGAAACGCCUGAAAACAAACAUUUAUCAAGAAGGGAACCAGUGCGCUGUAUGGUUGGUAUUCGUGGAACAGCGAUACCAAGAGCUUCGUAUUUGCAUUAGAGCUUGGUCAGUUCGGUCUUUUAUCUAAAUAGAGAAACAAAUUAACUGAUGGCAUUCUGCUGUAGCAAAGACACGUUUUAGUAACCAGGGUAUAACUGUAAGCUUAAGAACGGCAAUUGAAACUGUUACAAAUCCAACUCCAACGUGGGCGGUUGAAAUGGACGAAUUAUAUCAAUACCAUCAGGAGACGGAAUCUACUAAUCUACUUGUUUAGGAAGGCAAUUGUGAUUUAGUGAUACGCUUGAGUAGAACUUAUUAAUAAAAAACAAACUCAUCCUCUUGCUGUGUCCGUUAUCUGUGCUGAAGCUGAGCGCGUUGGCUGUUUUAUGUAGUGCAUUCUUUACGAUUCAUAGAAACCUGACAGAGAAAUCAGCAAUAUCUGCAACGAGGCAUUUUGCCUUUGUAAAUGGAGUAAACACUGGGAACAAUAUCCCAUGGACGUGUCUGUAUAAAAGCGUUUUCUGGAGUCGGAAAUGAAGACGCCGAUGGUACAAAGGAACAAAAAAUACAGAUGACGUUUCUAUGCAGCAAGACGUUCUGUUAAUGGUGACAUUUAGAAUAGAGCAUUUUGGGUUUAGAACAGGUAUAAACCGUGAUUUGACUUUUGAACGGUAUUCAACUUGAUAAAAAAAUUGGUUACAGGUGCCUUACACACUGUAUAUGGUCUUGGAUUUCUUGGAGCCGUGACUUAGAUAGAUUGAAUGUACACAUUCAAAAAUAAAAACGUUGACCAGCUUUUGUAAAGCCAGAUUAACUUAAAGCAGAUGGGAGAACCUUGACCCAAACAUUAAGGGAAAAAUCACUGAGAACAGGUCUACACUUGCUGCUGUUUUCGUCUUUUCGUGGAACACGAUUAGAAAGUUAACUGCUCUCACACCAGACGAUAUCCUCUGUUGUAUCAAGAAGGCAGCACAGUCCGAUGCCAGGUAUGGUUACAUAUAUAUAUAUCCAUCGUACCAACUCGCGUGAGAACAAGGAAGAAAGGCAAACACCACUCAACAAUUGCAAGUUCUGGUAGAGCAAAGGUAAUUGAUCUGCCUUUACCACCAGUUCGAUGUUCACAAUCCAGAAAUACCUCUUGCUCUCGACGUAUACAUGAGCAGUGUCCAAGUCGCAAUAAGAAAACAAAAGUCAGUCACGAGGAAAGGCAUUUAUCAGGAUAUUUCACAUUAUUCUAUUGAAAUCCUAACCAAAGAUUCCGUGCCUAAGCUGCACUGCAGAAGACAGACGUGACAAGUUGCUCAAAACAGAAUAAAGAGAAAACCAUAUUUUAAAAAAAGGUACUUAUGCCAUUGUAUGCGUAUACUAGGAGCAUUUCAAGUACUUUCUCUAAGCCAUAAAGGAAACUAUCACGGAGAUCUAUUGCACCAGAUAAUGAAGGUAAUUAUAUUAUCGUAUGCUGCAAGAAGAGUACAAAACGGAGGUGACACAUAAGACAGUGAUCAUUGAAUAGGAGAGUAUUGUGACAGUCUUUAGCAAUAGAGAUCUAUCUCUGACACUUGUUACAAAACAAGAAGAUUACAAGUAGCUAAUAGAGGUCAUCACUACUAUCUAUAACAGGCUGGGGCAGCAGAACGCCGUAGAACACCAACGGCAUUUUUUUCUGUUGUGGUGAAACAGUUCAAAUAAAAGGCAAACGCUGGAUUAGAAACAGCGUUGGUUUUAUUCUGUUUUGGUGAUGCAAGAAAUAGCGAAAGGACACAAACGGGAUCACAGAUGUCUGAAAUAUAAAACAGGAAUAUUUGUGUGGCGCACCUUGGAUGCGGCAAGUAAAACCUGUGGCAGUUGUCGCCAAUUCGUGAUAUUCGCUACAGUUCAGAAUUUACGGACAGCAACAAGUAGAACUCAGAUAAACGCUUUGUAAAUUAUGCAAGAAAUAAAAAUUGUAAAAAGGAGGCCAGUUAGGAGUUGACAGUUUAAUAAACGCACGAAAUCACGAAGAGGUGGCUUUGUAAAUGGCAGGCCCACACUCCAGACCGCGGUUACUAAGGCUAUUCCAACAGUCUUAUGACAACCCGGCCUUCCAAAACGACGAAAAUGUUGCCAAACUGGCACGUCUCGCUGCCCGACCGUCAACGACGUCUAUCGAUAUUGUCAACACCAUCCUUACGCAGGCGCAGACGACCAAAUCGAAAGACAACCAACAUCCCUACGGCAACGAUAAUGUCUACGAUAUUGUCCUUGGAAAGAGUUCGUCCCAUCUUGAGCGGAUGACGAUUGACAGCGGCCGCCUGUGCGCAUGGAUGACCUUCUUUGCUAUGGCGAUUGGUGUUGUCAUCGUUCUGGUCAUUUUGGCAGAACAAAAUGACAAAGUCAUGAAAUAUAACCCAACGCCUCCUUCUCUCUCGAAGAACGUCACGGGCACAUAGCAAUGGCCGCCU